CUGACGAUUCUUAACCACUCGGAUUGCUCGUUCUUUUUCUGUACCAAUGGUUGUCAACAUGUGUUAUUCGUGUACACUGUUGCCAUGCCAUUUUCCCCUCAAUUUUUAUUUGUUUAACGGUUUUAUUUUCCAUUUCAUUUUGUAAUUCGGAUUUCUUCAAUUAUGACCAGCCACUGGGCCUCCAUAGAAAUUGUUUGUUUGGGCUUGUGCAUUCAUUUCCCAGUCAACAUCUCCUUUUAUCGUUUAGUACUGCUUCCGGUACAGAGCAACAUGGCGUUGCAGAUGUACGGCUGAGCGGUGUAUGUGCAUUAAACUGAGCAAACAGAAGUAUAACAUUGUCGUUGAGCCUGAUAUGUGUGCAAGACUAAAAUGGUUAUCAACCUACCGGUAAUUUCGCAAAUCAUUUGUUCAUCAACGUCACCUUGAUACAAUCGAGUGGCUGCCGUGGCUCUCAAGGAAUGGUUUAUCUUCAUGCCCUCAAUACCGGACGUCUUGAACAGUUUUUUGACGGGACUGGCACAAUGUCCGAACAGCCGACUCGGUAUUUUGAGGAAAAAGACCACGCCGAAGCUUAUGCUAAAUACCGAAUACCGUUCACCGCUGCAGUCGUGGAUUGUAUAGUGCGGUAUGUUCAAGAUGGCGGCUGCGAGUUAAACAUGGCGGUGGAUAUUGGCUGCGGUACAGGCCACCAGAGCACCAUCCCACUUUCCCGCGUCUUCAAACACGUCAUCGGUGUCGACGUCAGCAGGGAACAAAUACGACAGACACCACAUCUGAGCAACGCGGACUUCCGAGUCGCUCGAGGUGAAGAUAUGCCAUUCCUUGAAUCUUCUUCCGUGGAUGUUGUUUCCGUGGCAACGGCUAUACACUGGCUUGAUCUUCCUGAUUUCUACAAGGAAGUAGAUCGGGUCCUGAGGCCCAGAGGGUGUUUGGCGGUUUAUUGGAUGCACAGGCAGAAACUGGACAAUACGGAAGCCCAAGAAGCCGUUGAGGAGUUCCACGCUUCGACGUCAGAAUACCGCCCAGACGAAGUGAAAAGGAUCUGGGACAAGAAGGAGAUCCCCGAGUGCCCGUAUGGAACAUGGCUGCAUGACACCAGUGUUGUCAUAACCAAGUCCUGGACAGUGGAGGACUUCAUCAAACUCACCUCCACAAUGUCCUUCUGGCAGAAGUAUCUGAAGGCGAACCAAGGCUCUACAAAACUGAAGGAUUUUGGAGAAAAACUGAGCAGUCGACUUCGCAGUGGCACAGAGGAAACACGAGGAACAUCCACUGCAAUGGAAGUGAAAUAUCUCGUCAAUAUUCUGCUAUGCAGGAAACCAAAUCUUUGACUCCUCACACGACAUUGUGUUUUGUGUGCAAUGAGCCACUUUUAAAGGUGCAUUUCUUGUCAAGGGUUAGUUAUACUGUUGGCUUGUGACAUACGUAUCUGAAAUAAAAGUCAAAACCUC